UGACACUGAUAUGCGGCUCACAUGGUAAACAGCUACAGUGAGGGCCUAAUGCAGCAGGAUAGAAACAGCAAAAUCCCAGGUUAGCAAAGUUUUCUGAGUGUCGAGUUGAAUCUAAUUUGUGAUGAUUAUACAAGGACACUGACUAGAGAGGUGUAGAUAUGAGCUCAGAGGAGGAGUCAAAGUAUCAGACACCACCCACCUGCGAUCUGCUCAGCCUUCUGCUGAAGAACAGACGUCCCACUGGAGCUGUCAAUGAAGUUUGGCCCAACCUCUUCAUCGGGGAUGCGGCAUCAGCUCAGGAUAAAACCCUGUUAUCCAGUCUUGAAAUAACACAUGUGGUGAAUGCUGCAGAUGGCCGAGGGCACAUUGACACCGGGCCAUGCUUCUACAAAGACACCAACAUAAUGUAUCAUGGAAUAGAAGCACCCGAUUGCAGAGCUUUUGACUUGAGCCCAUUCUUCACAGAGACAGCUGACUUCAUUCACACAGCUCUGAGUGGGAAAGGAAAGGUGCUAGUCCAUUGUGCACGAGGAAUCAGCCGCUCAGCCACUUUUGUUCUGGCCUUCCUCAUGAUCAAAGAAAGGCUCACCAUCGUGGAGGCGGUGAAGGCGGUUUGCAAAAGCAGAAACAUCCUUCCCAAUGUUGGCUUUCUUCACCAGCUUUGUUACCUGGACUUAACUUUGUCCCUGCAGAGGAGGAAGCCCUAAUAUGUGGAGGUGGAGAGGUGCUGCAGGAAUGUUGGAGAGUUAAAUUGGCUUUCAGCGCGCUGUGCGCUUCAGGCUGUGUGGGGUUGUGUUGCAGCCAUUUAAAAAUCAGCUUUAAAAAUAGCAGUAAAAAUAAUCUAGUCACUUAUUAUGCUGUCACUGUGCAGUUUCAUGACAGCAACAGAGCUGCAGCCGUAAUGCUUUGACAGAAUAAAGGAGGAAAAUGUGGCCACCUAAGGAUUUGUCACGACUUAACACUUGACAGUUCCUGAAAUUUCCUCCCCAAACGGGACCUUUUUAGAGCUCUGGAAUAUGCUCUGAAAUAAACCAGUUUUGUGUAAAAUCAGCACAUUUCAAAAUAAAAGAUUUUACUCUGUUAUACGUCAAAUAAAAAAAUUAACCAAAUA